GCCUUUAAAAUAAAACAAAAUUUUAUUCAAUUCACAAAAUUUGUAUAAAAAAAUAAACUUGUGAAUAAAUUUGAAAAAAUAUCCACAAAAAAAUCAACAACUUUUUUGUAUAUUUCUGCAGCAGUUUUGGGAAAUCAACAGCAACAACACAAUGGCCGUAAGAAAAGUUUAACCUUAACAAACAACAACAAUAGUUUUGUGGAAACAACAAAAAAUAAUCAUCAACAUCAUCAGCAGCAACAACAACAACAGCAUGCUAGUGAAGAUGGUGAACAACCGGCAAAAUUUUUAAAAGUUUUCAAUACAACAACUGCAACAAAUGGCCAUCACCAUCAUCAACAACAGCAACAUGAAAUGAAAAAUCAUGGUCAGAAAUUUCUAUUAACUAGCAAUGGUGGCAUAUUACAAGGUGGAGUGGGAGGAGGUGGUGGCAACAACAGCAACAACAAUAUAAAUAAUUUGGUUGGUUCUUCUACAAUUGCAAAUAAAUCACUUAACCGUGGUUCGACUUCAACGACCUCAACUACAAAUGAAUUGUGUCGUUUGCCAGGUGGUGCUGAAUUAAAUAUUUUACCCUCAAAUGGUUUAAAAAUCACCUCGGGAGGUGGAAAUGGGCCUAUGGCUACAGCAUUUUAUCAUGCCAAUGGCAAAAUCACUUUUGUUAAUGGACCACCGCCUACGCACCAACAACAGUAUCAUCAUCAACAUCAACAACAACAACAUCAACACCCACCGUCGCCUUUGCCAAAUUCAACUUCUAUCACUAGUAAUGGUACAAAAACACUAACUACUAAUGGAAUUUUGCUUAAAGAUGCCACCAGUGUUACUCCACUGUUAGUAUCGGCAGCAUCAUCACCACCAACAACAACAACAACAACUAGCGUUAAUGGUUUGCAUUUUGCUGGCAAUUUUGCCCAAUUAUUAGCUGCUGCUAAUACAACGGCUACAACUUGUACAACUAAUAGCAAUAAUCUUUUGGUAAAUGCAACAGCAGCAACUACUACCGCCUCAAUUGUGCCAAUGGCAACAAAUUUCCAAAAUAUUAUGGAGUCGAAAGUUAAAAAUAAUAACAAGGUAAGGUAGGCUAGACUGAACAAC